ACAAGGCCAAGGCUGCAGGCCCGAGCAUGCCUCCGGGAGGGUACCCUGAUUGCAGGCUUUAGGGCACUUGAGAGUCAGGGUGCAGUGGUUAGGCCUUGAGAUCAUCAGAGCUUAGGAAUCUCCUGGCCCCUAAUCUCCUGCUCUUCAUUCCAGUGGCCAACUGGACUGGCUCCUAAGUUUCAAUUCCCUUCUGGUUGGGCCAGAAGAGAACUGGAAAUGGGCGCAGUGUCCACCAAGUCCCAACCCUGAGUCAGGGAGUCUGGCAGAGACAUCCGCCCUCACCCUGUGGUCAGAUUUAUAGGAGCCAAUGAGUCUCCUAACAGAGGAAUCCUUCUUGAAAUAGUUCUUCUCUGUGCCUGUAUACUGGGACAGUUGGAAAAUCCCCAUGUCACCUUUGCCCUCUACUUCCUGUUACAUUCUCAGCCUCUUUCUGUCUUAUAGAAAUAGCAUGUUCACUAUUAAUGAGCCAAUGGAGAGCACUCUGACCUCUGUCCUGUGACUUCCUGAUCCUCCUCCUUUGAUAAACAUAAGGACAGGCCAGCAAAUCAGGGAGAUCAAAAUUUAUUUCUCAGAACAACUCUGCCUGCCCAGAGGAAAGAUGAAGGUCUCUGCAGUUGCCCUCUCCUUCCUCAUUCUUGGUGCUGCCCUUGGAUCCCAGGCCCAGGUCAUACCCGAUCCAGAAACAAGAGAACUCUUGGAGAGAGAGCAUACGUUUCAACCUCCACUAGUUAAUAAAGUCUUUAACUCUCCUGCUGACUGCUGCUUCUCAUAUAUUACACGAAGUAUCCGGUGUACAGUCAUGAAAACUUAUCAUAAAACGAGCAGUGGGUGCUCUCAGCCAGCUGUCAUCUUUAUCACCAACAAGGGACAACACGUCUGUGCCAACCCCAAUGAUCCAUCAGUUCAAGAGUGCAUGAAAAAACUGAAGCACAAUCCAUCAUCCUAGGAUCCAAGAAUUAGGAACCUUGCAUAAGAAGAAAGAACAGGAUGGCCAGCCAUCCCACCCCCCAAUUCUCUUGCCCGAGUACCUCCUAUGAAUUUUUUAGCCCAAACUAUUUUUUAAAGAAAUUUGCUGUUCUGUUCUGGUUAGAAAAGUAAUGCAUUUAAUAAAGAGU